AUGUCAGACGAGGUCUCGAACUUCUUGCGAUCAGUAGAGCAAUUGAACCACGGACGUCACGAGGAGGAAGAGGCGCGCUCCAAGGAGCUUGAAGAGAAGCUGCUGCAGCAGAGAAAGGAGCGCCAGGCCCGCCGCGAAGAGCGUGCCCGAUCUAUCUCCCCGCAGAAGUCGUCGCCGGCCAACACCCCGCCGCCAUCUGCGCGCCACAGGGACUCGACCCCUCAGCCGACAGAGGCAUCGUCUCCCAUCCCAGACCUCUCUGCCAGACUACAAAACCAGGUUGGCGCUGCUCCGCCAUUGUCUGCCGACGCGAUGGACCUGCCGUCACCCCGCUCCGUCUCUCCUACGAAGGAGACUGUUCUCGACUUCGAGCCCAACCGAUCUAGUGCCUCGUACAAUUCACCGCCUUCCAGCGGCGUGCCAGCGAGGACACCUACUCUAUCGUGGCAGCGAAGACCGCCAUCCCAAGGACCAGAUCGCCCCAGGUCUCGGCCCUUGUCUAUGGUUGCGGCUGAAAAUGCCGCCGCACGAUCAAACACUCCCCCUGCAGAGGCCGCUUCUCCCUCCCAGACCCCUUCUCGUGACCAGAUCUCACAAGCAUUGGCGUCCAAAGACCCUGCUUGGUUCCGUCAGACCGCUGACCGAGGUGCGACUUCUGCUGCGUAUCGAAAGAAUCAGGUCGAGGACGAAGACACCGUUGAUGUCGCGACUUCUCGCUCCCAACUGCCUGGCACGUCGCAAACCACCUCAACCGAGCCCGACAAGGAGCCAGCCCGAGAGCGUCCGACUUCACAGAUUAGCUUGGGCAGGCUCGGCUCGCCAUUGCUGACAACAGAUGCGGUGAAGCUGGGCCCUCCUGCGGAUAUUCAGGCAUCCAAGGACGGAACUUCGUCAGGCCAGACCUCGCCAACGCGACCAGCGUCUCCAACGAAGGGAAUGGGGGGCUUUGUUCAAAGUGCUAUGAUGAAGCGCACGGACAGCGUCAAGAGAUGGAGCGUCACAACUCCGGGUCUGCAGCGUGGGAACGGUUCGAAUCGCAAUAGUCUUGACGGUAAGAACAUUGCUACGAGCCCAGGUCCAGAGCCUCUCUCGCGGCCUGUCAGUAGAUCCAGGGACAGCACUUCACGGCCGGUCUCAAGUCAUGCAAAGGACUUGGCCUCAACGACGUCUGGCGCAACAUCCCCCGAGGAUGGUGUGCCCGAGCCAUCCAAGCUCGAGCCUCCUGUGGACAAUACGCCCCCAACGAGCCCUUCGAAGACUAUGGACCCGAGACGUUGGAGUCCAACAAAGGGCUCCUGGCUCGAUGCCGCCUUGAACAAGCCCGAGUCACCUAAGCCUAAGCCUGCAGCACCCCCGAGCAAUCAGCCCGCGUGGAUGGUGGAAUUGAACAGGGCGAAAGCGGAGAAAGCCAAGAAUUCUAGUGUUGAUCUUGGCCGAGCUGGUUCUACCGUUAAAAAGCAUGAGGUGAAGACUGGCGGUCUCGUACGGCCGGCACCGCCUGGCACAGCUGUGAAGCCUCCCAGCCUCGCUGGUCUACCUUCUCCAAGCCUGGGGGCUGAUAAACCGUUGACGCCGGGUCUUCGCACUAGUAUGACGAGGAGUGAUAGUAACACGAGGAUCAGUCCCGCCAGCGAAAAGCCUGGAGCUGGUGCAGAAGAUUUGGGUCGACGAGGCUCCGUCAUCAGCCCUGUUGCCAAAGACAAACCGGAGGCACCACCACAGAUGGACUUUCGGGCUGGUUUACGGCCUAGGGGUCUCACAGUGGGCAAAGACAGCGACAAGGAACCGGAAAAGGCUGGUUUACGGGCUAGGGGUGCCACAGUCGGCAGAGACAGCAGUAAGGAACCCGUCAAUGAGCUGGCGAAUGUGUUCGGUCAGCUGCGGAAGACGAAGACACAGAAUUACGUCGCCCCAGACGUGUUGAAAGACAACAUCACGAGGGGCAAGUCCGCAUUGAAUGUGACUGGUGGGCCGCGACCUUACGAAAAGAAGGACGAGUUCAAGGAUGCGAUUUUGAAGAAGAAAGCAGACUUCAAACAGGCGAAAGAGCAAGGUCGUGGUGUUGCAACCAACGAAAAGCCACCAGAGGAGAAAGCGAUCCCCGAGGGGCUGGCAAGACGAGCUACCAUAACUCGUUCCGGCUCCAUUCCGCACGUAUCCCACUCACGCGACACUUCAACUGCAAAAUCUCCAUCGGAGACAUCUGCAAAACCUUUUGAGUCGUCAAGAUCCAGCAUGGUCUCAGUGACUUCGCCUCGGGACAUCAAGGUAGACACAGCCCCAGUCAAGGUCGAGAACAAGGAAGAAAUGCCGUCACCAAGCAAGCCGGAGCCACGGAACACCGGCCCUGUCUCUCCCAAGAAAGUCCACGAGCAGGUCUCUACGUUCCCUUUGAAACAACAAGUAAACGAGGACAAGAAGGACGAUGUCCAACCCCCAUCUCCGCGGAAGCUGGACGUGAAGAGAAUGUCUAGAUUCUUGGACGAGUCGGGACCGCAGUCACCCAAGGGUGAGCCGGAACCGGUCAGGUCGCCUUCGCCACUGAAGAAAACCUUCGGAAGCCCAACAUCGCCGCGAAAGCUACCUUUGGAGUCUGAGAAGGGCGAAACGCAGCCAGCUGUCUCUGCGAGCAAUGGAGCAAAUGUGUUUGGUGGAUCCGUCACACCCAAGAAGCCGCAACCCCAAACCGAUAAGCCCUUACCAGAACCCUUAGAUCUGCGUCCCAGGUCACCUACCAAGACUCACGCAACGCGAGACCCACCCUCACCUUCAAGAACAUCGGCUUAUGCCUCUCCCUCGCGGACACCGACAAGGUCUCCAUCGAAGAGCGCGGGGGAUGUGUCUGCCAUGAUCAACGGGUUCUUUGGUAAUCAGCGACCGAAACGGAACUACCAUGUCGAUGCCGCCGAGCUCCUGAUGAAUCGCCCCAAAGGCGGUUCCAGAGUCCAAACACACAAAGCACAGCUCUUCCAAGUCACGGAGCAGGGCAAAAAGAUUCCUGUCCCAGCCCAUUAUGAACGUGUGCUAUUUGAGCGUGAGAUGUAUAUUUGCUCGCACACCUUUACAGAUGAGGCACGGAAGAGGGUAUCUGAAGUGUACUUCUGGUCUGGUGACGAGGUUGCACCAUCGGCCGUCGAGGAUGCCCAGGUAUUUGUGAACAAGGAAGUAAAGUCUAUCGGCGGCACCUUGAUCAAGAUGCGUCAGGGUAAGGAGACGGCCGAAUUUAUACAAGCCCUCGGCGGCAUUGUCAUUAUACGGCGCGGCUCAAGCAACAAGUACGACUCGCUUGCGUCCAACAUACUCUGUGGGCGGCAGUUCCUGGGUCAGAUCGUCUUCGACGAGGUGGACUUCUCUUCCUCGAGCCUUUGCUCUGGCUUCCCCUAUCUCAUCACCCAGCAAGGAAAGUGCUAUCUGUGGAAAGGCAAGGGUGCUGGAGUCGACGAGCUGAGCUGCGCAAGGCUGAUAGGGAUGGACCUCGCGCUGAUGGGCGAGUUGGUUGAGAUGGAUGAGGGACAAGAGCCAGAAAACUUUUGGGACUUUUUUGGUGGCGACAGAAGAGCGAGCUUGAGCUCCGCAGAUCACUGGAGGCUGAAGCCGAGUUACGAGAAGUACUGUGGGAGACUCUUCUGCUCGGAUUCAGCCGCUCAAAAUCAGGUCACCGAGCUCAACCCUUUCAGCCAAAUGGACCUGUCCCCGGACAGGAUCUACGUCCUCGACGCCUUCUUCGAGAUGUAUGUCAUAGUUGGACGCUAUACACAGGCUCAGUAUGGCUCCUUCCGCAAUGCCCUCGACUUUGCUCAGGAAUAUGCCAUACUCGCUGCCGGUAUGGAAGAUCGGCCAUUCGUGCCAGUCUCCACAGUCGUUAUGGAGGGAAUCCCACGGGAUCUGAGAAGCUGCUUCCGGAAGUGGAGGGAUGAUCUGAGCCCGACCAAGAUGCUGCCACCGUCAUCUGGCGGAGGAGGCUCGGCCGGGCGAACAUCGCCUCUGAAGAGGGCCAGAAGCCUGAGGGUCAUGCCGCUGGUGCAAGCGUUGCAGGUGUUGGGGAACUCGGAAUAG